GUCCCGUGCGUAUGACGUCAUUUGGUUUUCAUCUCGUUCUCCCUUUUGGCUCGGCGAUCAGACCAGCUAGCUAGCCGAUAGCUAACUAACGUUGGCCGAGUUUCUUUAUAUUACGCCCCCCCCCCCCGCACACACACACGGUACUAAGGACCGUACUAUCUUUAGCGCUGUUUUAUUGUCUCAUUCAACCGGAUAUUAUUAAUCAUCGGACGCCGUUUUCCUCUCCGGUACCGGAGAAAACAGCCGAGCCAUGUACAAUGGGAUCGGCCUGACGACUCCGCGGGGCAGCGGCACGAAUGGCUACGUGCAGCGCAACCUGUCGAGCCUGCGGGUCAAGCGUCCGCGGGACGAGCGCGGCGGCGAGCGGGACGAGAAGGACCGGGAGAGGCUGGAGAGCCAGCUCAACAGACAGCCCAACGCCGACAUCCUGGAGCACCAACGGAAGAGGCAGCUGGAGGUCAAGUGUGCCGAGCUGCAGGACAUGAUGGAGGAGCAAGGGUAUUCGGCUGAGGAGAUCGAGGAGAAGGUGAACAGCUUCCGUAUGAUGCUGCAGGAGAAGCAGGAGCCGGCUCCCGCCGCCACCGACAGACCGACGGCGACGGAGACUCACGCUCUGGCCGCAGCCAACCAGCAGAAGAACGACCGUCUUCGCGCCGCUUUCGGCAUCUCCAGCGACUACGUGGACGGCUCGUCCUUCCACGCCGACCGCAAGGAGAAGGAGAAGGAGAAGAAGGAGCAGGACCGCCUGGAGAGGGAGCGGCAGCAGCAGAAAUAUACGUUGGUGGAAGAUUCAGACAAUUCAGAUUCUCCUCCCAAGAAGCGCGGCCGGAAGAAGAAAAAGAAAAACAAGAACAGAGACAGCAGCUCAGAGAGUCAGUCCCCAUCUCCCCGACGAGAGAAGAAGAAAUCCAAAAAGAAGAAAAAGAAACGUGAAGCGUCGGAAGACGAGGAAGAAGACGACGCCAGCUCUUCAGAGGAGACUCGGCAGGAGUCAAAGAAGAAAACAAAGAAGAAUCCAAGUUCCAGUCCUCCGAAAGCGAAGGCGGUGCGACAGCGAAGCGCCUCCUCCAGCUCGGCUCACAGCCAGUCUCCGGCUCCACCGAGAUCACGUCAACAGGACCAAACUGCAAGGAAAGGUGAUGAAGGAAGGAAGGGGAGAUCCCCGGAAAGGAGGAGACGAGGAUACGAGGAGAGCAGUCCGCCUCAUCAGGGAGGAGAAGGGAAGAGGCCCCAUCUUGAGAGGGAAAAAGAGCGUGACGUGGAGAAGACCUCCAAGAGGAGACACGACUCUUCAUCGCCUUCUCCACCGCCGCCUGAUAAAAGCAGGGAGAAGGAGAAAAGGAGGCGUUCAAGGAGCAUGGAAAACGAGAGGGAGAAAGGGAGGCGUUCAAGGAGCAUGGAAAACGAGAGGGAGAAAGGGAGGCGUUCAAGGAGCAUGGAAAACGAGAGGGAGAAAGGGAGGCGUUCCAGGAGCAUGGAGAAGGAGAGAGGAAGGAGCCCCCGAAGCAGAGAGGUGGAGAGAGGGAGGCGUUCGAGGAGCAGAGGCAACGCGAGGGGGAGGCGUUCAAGGAGCAGAGACAACGAGAGGGCGAGGGGGAGGCGCUCCAGGAGCAGAGACGUGGAGAAAGGGAGGCGUUCAAGAAGCAGAGAAAGGAGGGACAAAGGAAAGGAGAGUGUUCCUCAGAGGAUCAGGAAUGACUCGUCUUCGUCCCGUUCUCCUCCUCCUCCUCCUCCUCCUCCUCCUCCUCCCAAACAGGAAACUAGGAGGGAAAGGAGCAGAGACACUGAGCAGGAAAAAGACAGGAAUAAACAGGACAAAAAGACGAGACGUGGCUCCUCGUCCUCCUCGCCUCCCCCUGUGAAGGACAGGCCUCGGAGAGAGAGGAGCGAAGAGAGGGAGCGUAGGACCGACAGAGGCCUGGACUCCAGGAAAGACCCCGGUAAGAGACAGGAGAAAGAGCCGUCUCCUCUCCAACAGAAGAACGACCGGAGGAGGGAUGGAGGACGCCCGUCGCCCGUCACCAACGGCCGUCAAAGAGAGAGGGAGGACGAGAGGAGGCGAGGAAAAGACGGCGAUGGCGCCAAGGAGAAGGACCGGCUUCCCAACAAGCAGAGGGAACACGAUGGAGAGCGAGCUCAAGAAGGCGGCCGGAAGGGAGGCGAGGAUGUCCGCUCCUCUGCAGGAACUAGGCGAGACCGGUCCAGAGCCACCGAGAAAGGCGCGAGACCUGAGAAGGCGAGGAGCCCUCCUCCGACCAAGGAGAACCGAGACGACAAGGAGAAACGGGCCGAGAAGAAACGGGAGAGCAGCAGCAGCAGCAGUGGGAGCAGCAGCAGCAGCAGCAGCAGCAGCAGCAGCAGCGGGAGUGACAGCGACAGCUCCUCGUCCUCCUCGUCUUCAUCCUCGUCCUCUGAAGAUGAGGCCAAGGGGAAGAAGUCCGCGUCAGAAGCGACGGAAAGUAGCGUCCCCUCGAAAAGUGUCCCGGCCGCCAUCGGCGCCGCAGUCGAACGCUAUUUGGCCAACGGUAGAAAAGAAAGCCCCGCCUCCGCCUCCGAGGGUGACGGGCCUCCGAGAACCCAGAAGGAGCGAGACGGGGGAGGAGACCAGAGGGAGAAGGAGAGAGCUCCUGCAGAGGGGAAGAAAGGCCAGGAGCGCUACAGCCCCACGCAGAUGGACAGCCCCAGUCCUCCUCCGUCCCCGGCCAACAGAGCAGACGCCGGCGAGGACGCCGAGGAACAGAAACCCAGGGCGGAGGCCAAAGUCGGGGAGAGGGCGCGAAGAGGGGAGGGCGAUGCGCCCAGGAGGCCCGCCGGGUCCAGCGCCACAGCCAGGAGGUCACGCUCUCCGGCCCAGAAGACCGCCGCCGCCUCCCAAGCACGUCGCACUCCACCCAGGCAGUAUCAGGAACCCCCGCCCCGAUCCAGGAGAGCUUCUCCUCCUCCGGCCUGGUCCAACCGGGACAGGGAGAGAGAGAGAGAUAGAGAGAGGGACAGGGAGAGAGAGAGAGAUAGAGAGAGGGACAGGGAGAGAGACCGUGAGCGGGUUGCCUCGAGGGGGGGCCGGUCCAGAAGCCCAAGAAGGCGCAACAGGUCCAGGUCUAGAAGCCAGAGGAGGCAAAGUCCCCCCAACAGGUCCCGGCGCUCCCCCUCUCCACAGCGCCGGAGGAGGAGCAGUCGCUCCCUCUCCAGAGAGAGGGCGAGAGAACGAGACCAGGAGAGGGUCCGGCAGAGGGAGCUGGACCAAGAGAGAGACCGGGUGAAGGAGCCUCUCCUCCCAAAAGAUGUUCCCCCGCCCAACAGGUCCUCCUCUUCCUCCUCUUCCUCCUCCGGCUCCUCCUCUUCCUCUUCGUCCUCGCCUUCACCACAGCGAGAGAAGAAAGACGCAAAAGCGGCGCCGAAGAUGGAGGACGAGAAGAGGGGGGACCGAGAGCAGAAGGGCCGCCCCUCCAGAGACUCCUCCCACGCCCCGACCUCGGGGGGGAGGGGCUCCCAGUCGGACUCCCGGCGCUCCGACAUUCCCUCCAGAAGGUCUCCUCCUCUUCCUCCUCUUCCUCCUCCGGCCGCCAGCCAACCGGAAACCAAACCGCCGUCUCGAGCUCCGAGCAGGAAGUCUCCGUUGGCGGCGCCUCAGGAGCCGGAGCAGCCGGUCAGGAGCGAGAGCGCCGUGAACGGGAAGGAGGCGAGCACGAUCAAGAAGGCCAGUCGGAGCAGCAGCUCCAGCUCCAGCUCCUCGUCCUCCUCCUCUUCCUCCUCUUCCUCGUCCUCUUCAGACAGCUCCGACUCCGAAGUGGAGCAAGGAAAAGGGAAGACGGUCAAAGCUCAAAGCUCUCCUUCCUCGUCCUCCUCAUCGGAGAACGAAAAGGAAACUAAGAAAAAGAGCCCCGCCUUGCCUCAGAGGGUCCCCGCCGAUUCGCUGAGAGAUUCCCGCUCGCUCAGUUAUUCUCCUCCGAAGUACAUGAGAGCGGCGCCGCCCUCGCCGAGCCGCAGGAGCGGCAGCAGACCGUCGCCGAGCCGCUCGUCAAGAGGCAGACGGAGGAAAUGAGCCGUCGGUGUCGUUUCCCAGUUCCCUCCAACUGGGUCCAACUGGACCGUAACGUGGACUUCAGUCAGUAGAGAACCCGUAUGGGGGGGGACUCGGAACCAGAACCAGUCCCCUCACAUCCAGUCCUCCACGACCCGCGGCUGGCUUGUACAUUUAUUUUUAUGAGCCGAGUAAUAAAAGUAAGAUGUCCCUUCUGCAAUGUCCUCCGUGCUCGUACUGUUCGCUGCGUCAUACCUGUAGAUAUGAGCGGGCUUGUGUUUAUUAUCAUGUAACGGAUUCAACUUUCCAUUUAAUGUGAGCAGAAACUGAAACGUGGUUAAUUUCUUUGUUGAAAAUGGUUAAUAAAAAGACAAUUGUACAUUUUA